GAACAAAUCAGUGCCCGCAUGGAAAAGCUUGUGAAACUCAGACCCCACCACCACACCGCAAAAAAUACUGACACCAGCGCGAUCACGGAGCUAGGGAAGAGCCGUGGAGUGGUACGCUCCCCCAGGGGUGGCCUGCGGGUGGGGGAGGGUACCCGGAGGCGCGGCGAGCCGCGAGAGCGCCGGGAGAGCCUUCCUAGAGUAUGCCUGGCAGACGAGGUCGCCGAAGCUGCGCCCUGAUCGCGCUCGCCGCGCCGUCUGCGAGCGCCUGGACGGGCUGCUGGCCGGCGCGCGGACGCGUCGAGCCGCGCGUCGCGUCGGAUGCUCGGAUGGUGCUCGCGAUGCGACCGUCGGCGCCUGCGGCGCUCGGGUCGUCCGGGGCGGACGUGGCGGAGGGCGAGAAGGUGGGCGUGCUGCUGCUGAACCUGGGCGGGCCGGACACGCUCGACCAGGUCGAGCCGUUCCUAUACAACCUCUUCUCCGACCCGGAGAUCAUCACCCUGCCGGGCGCGGUGCGGUGGCUCAACGGGCCGCUCGCGUGGAGACCUGGUCGACCGCCGCUUCCAGCGGUGCGGCGGCGAUACCGACCACUUUGGCCGUGGCCAUCGCAUACGGUUACCUGCUUCGGCGAGCGUCGUCGUCGAUAGAUCCAAAGAGACUCGAUACGACGACAGGUGGGCUCUG